GGGAGGGGGAGAGAUAGAAUCAUAAGCUGUCUGUAACAGUGUACAGAGAAGGAAGAAUGGAGGGGUGACGAUUGGGAAGCAUGGGGCGUGCAGUGGAUUUAGGGAUGUCUUGUGGAGGGUUCUGCAACCCUUUGGUGGUCCUGUUUGUGAUGUGCUGCAUAGGUUGCCAUGGGAAAUCACUGGUGGAGCCCCCAAUGCCUCAGGCAGAAGUCCACAUAAAAGUCCAGGUGUAUGAGAAUGGAGACCUCUCUCCCUUGGCCUCGGCUGUGGUGGAGAUAUUCGGGAAUCAGAGCGGCCUGGCUUCCGGCAUCACUGAUCAGGAUGGUAUGGCUGUGCUUGGCAUCAGUUACAGACUCGGAACCUGGGUUCUUGUUACUGCUAGCAAAAGAGGCUACGUGACCAACUCUGUGCCCUGGCGUGUGGAUAGACUUCCACGUAAGGAUUUAUAUGCAUCAGUAAGCUUGUACCUGGUUCCUGAGCGGCCGGCCACGCUUAUACUAUAUGAGGACAUCGUACAGAUUCUGCUGGGCUCCCCAGGUGUCCGUAGCCAGCCUUUGGUGCAGUUCCAGAGAAAGUCAGCCCGCUUGCCUCGAUCGUCCACCUAUAACCAACUGUCCUCGUCGUUGACCACUGCUAGCAACCUCCACCAGAUGAGAGGAUUCCCAGCAUUCAUUGGAGCUGAUCCUGAUCCCACCAAUGGGGGUAACUCAAGCUGGGUGGAGCUGCUUCCUGUUGCUGCAGUCAGUGUUCAUCUUUUCACCGGGAACGGCUCUGAAGUUCAUCUUACUGGCCCUGCUCAGCUUUCUCUUCCAAUCCCUUCCGACAGUGGUCUCACACCUGCCACAAGUAUACCCGCUUGGAAGUUUGAGCCCAAGAGCGGUCUGUGGCUCCGUGCUGGUAUGGGUGUGGUACGAAGAGAUGGACAGCAGUUGUACUGGUCUUUUUCAUACCCAAAGCUAGGAUACUGGGCAGCAGCGAUCCCCUCCACUGGUCGAGGUAUGCUGUCACUUAUGAGUGGUGUGGACAUAGCUGGUUACCAUACCAUCUUCCUGCUUUCUAUUUUGGGCGCUCUUGCACUGCUGGUCCUCAUCCUGCUUUGUCUACUAAUAUAUUACUGCAGGCGGCGAUGCCUAAAGCCAAGGCAACAGCAUCACAAACUGCAGCUCUCGGGCCUCAAUGAACCCAAACGGGACCAGGCAACUUCGACCUCCCACCUUAACCUCAUCAGCACCAGCCAUUUGGACUCCACGUCCACAGCUGAUAGUGACAUUCGAACUCCAGUUCUGCGCUCUGCUUUUUCUUCCCGUGAAGAUUUUUGCAAGUCUGGUGGUCGUUCUUCCAUGCAGCAUUCAACAGACACUCUUCCUUUAAGGCCAGGUUCUCGAGAUGAUUAUCCACUGAAGUCUGCCCGCUCUGGAGACAUGCUAGACUCAGAAGACCUUAAGAGAGGAUAUGGUGGAGGUGGGAAAGGACAGCAAAGAAGGCGAGCCGGUAGAGGAGGAGUUAGAGAUCCUCCUCCAUCUCCUCCUCCACUUCCACCACCCUUCAAGCAUGUGAUUGGGGACUCAAAACCUCCUGAUUAUUUGAUGACACAAUCGGCAGAUCCACUGUCACGUCCCACCUCCUUGACUCAACCUGGACAGCUAAUAUUUUGUGGUUCCAUUGACCACAUGAAGGAGGGAGGGUACAGACAUGCUAUGCCCACAUUGGUGAUUCCAGCUCAUUAUGUAAGAUUAUCGUCAGAUGAAAAUCCCAGUGGGCCAGGUGAAGAGAAUUCGGAAAGUGAGUCUGGAUCCUCGCAAGUCUCACAUGCCCAUCAUUUUGCACCUCAAGAUCAUGUUCAACGCCAGCAACUACUUCAACAAAGUCAUAACUACCAAACAGGGUCAUCUUCUCAAGAUCAAGAUGGAAAAGGCUGGAGCAACCACUCUUCACAAAUGAGUGGUUCUGUCACAAUUCCUGUGGUUUUUAAUGAGUCCACAAUGGCACAGCUGAAUGGAGAACUCCAAGCACUGACUGAGAAGAGACUUAUAGAACUUGGAGUCAAGCCUCACCCCAGAGCUUGGUUUGUGUCACUAGACGGACGCUCCAAUGCCCAGGUACGUCACUCUUACAUUGACCUACAGACUGGGGACAAGAUACGUAGCAACGAUGCCAGUCUGGACUCAGGUGUGGAUGUCAAUGAAAUUAAAGUGAAACCUGGACCAGAAGAUGGGAGAGGUGGGAGGUCCCAGCUUCAGCCUUCUUCUUUGACCUACUCCAAGCUGGUUUUUGCUGAAGAAGGUGAGCAGAGUCUAAGUGAGAGUCGGACUGGGGGUGCUUGCUCCCCAGAAGACAGCUCACUCACCCCACUUCUAGAUGAGGCCUCUGAGACAUGCCCAGUUAUGAACAGGAGAGGUCGCAGCAGGGGGGACAGUUCCCGCAGCAGCACUAGUGAACUACGGAGGGAUUCUAUGACCAGCCCGGAUGAGGACCUUAAUGACCAAUCUGAAGGCUAUACCCCUCAAAGGACUCCGGGAGAAAGCGCAGGGAUGCCCCUUGAAUCCGAAGCCCGGGGCUGGAGAAUGAAAAGACCCUGCCCCUAACUCUCCCCAAUCUUCGAGGCACAAUCCCAGCAUUGGAGAGUUUCCUGUGUGUAAGGCCAGAGGCACCUUGAUAUAAAUACAUACAUAGAUUACACAUAUAUGUCUACACAUAUGUAGUCACCUAUACAUCAACAUGGUUAUUUAACAUGCACACAUAUGUAUAUGAUACACACAUAUAAUUCACAUUUACACACUUAAGGUGAAAACACCAAAAACAUACAGGUGCUUAGAGGUCCCUCUGGAAUCUGGGAGUCUAUGACACUUUAUGGUGAGACUCUCAGUGGGACCAGUCCUCUCUUUGUGGGUGGGGCAAAUUAUUCCUGAGAUUGGACAUUUAACCUUGACUUUCUCUUCUCUCCAUUUCUGGUUAAAAUAGUAAUACAAGGACAAGAGGUGCAGGCGCAGCUGGCUCGGACAGUCAGAAUAUUGUGGGCUUCAUCUUCAUCCUCCCUCCUCUCUGCCAAGAUUGUCUCAGCUCCUGUGUUGCAGGGUAUUCCAUACCCAGUAGACUAAUGGCAUCUUCUAGUAGCUCAUGCAUUGUGGUCCUUGUGUUUUGUUUAUGUAAGGUGUGUGGAAGAUCAUAGCCUGCAAUGCAUUAUGGUCAUUCUAUUUCUCAUAUAGGGAGCAAUGUAACUCCUGCCGCUAAUUCUACUUUAUUGGCUCCAACAUUUCACUGCAUUGUGGUUUCAUAUGCCACUUACCAUGGAAUCACACUUACUUCUCAUAAUACAUCAAGGUCCUUGUUAUUCUCAAUUUAUAAAAAGCCUUGUGAUACAGUACAUUGUAUUCAUUGUAAACCCAUUCCAUCUCAUAAUUAGCCAAUAAUGUGUAAUGCAUCAUGGUCUUCGACAUAAAAGUAUUAAGAUGUCAUAGGGAUACCAUGCUCCUUUUUUAAAAUUCAUUAUGGUUUUUGGACCCUGAUGUUUUUAUGGUAUUCAGACUUCUUAUAUGAUGCAUUCUGACACUUGGUUAUGUUCCUUCGAGGUGAUGCUAUUUAUAUUGCAAGAAGCUAAUCCCUAGAAAUUUCCCAAGGAAAACAGCACAAGAAAAGUGUAUUUGUCUCGUUAAAAUAGUACUGCCAUUUCCUACAAAUAUUAUUAAUAAAACAUGAAAAAAUAAAGAUUGUAGUGUAAAGAA